UUAUUGGCAUUAAUAAAAGAUUCAUUAGAGUAUUCAUCUUAGGUACACAAAAGACACCAUGGGGGUGAACACAGACUGGGACAUAGAACAGUACCGCACCAAAUUCGAGCCCCUGGAUCACUGGAACCUGAAGAAGGAGUUCAUGGAGACCCACAAGUCUCUUAUAGAAGAGGACCGGCUGGUCUGCCUGGCACAAGUCUAUGCCAACAUCCAGCUGCUCGGCUGCAAGUAUCCUGGACCCAUCUUCAGACAA